AUGACCACCGGUAUGGUGGAAGGCAGCACCCCUUUUCACUACCCCGGACUGGGACGCACAGCUCUUCUGGCCAGUGCGAUCCGGCGCCCGCGGGCAGGGCGGGGCUGCAGUCAGCACCGCCCCGAGGGGCCGUCCGGGGCGGAACGGCCCCCCAGGGCCCUCCCCGGCCCAGGCCAUGACCCCCGCUGCUCUCUCUUGCAGGCUGGUUGCCGCGACCACCCGAGUCCGGCCGCCACCAGCUCCCGGACGGGCCCCGCGCGCCCCGUGUGCGGCUCCGCAGUGAGCCCACCCAAAAGCGGCGGAGGCGGAGGCGGAGGCGUCGACAUGGGGCUUAAGCUGUCCUGUCUGAAAGGCUUUAAAAUGUGUGUCAGCAGCAGCAGCAGCCACGAUGAGGCCCCUGUCCUGAGCAACAAGCACCUGGAUGUGCCCAACAUCAUCAUCACCCCCCCGACCCCCACAGGCAUGAUGCUGCCAAGGGACUCCAGGAGGACAGUCUGGCUGGAAGAGACGGGGUCAUGUCCGGAGGAUGGAGAAAUAGACCCUGAAGCCUGAGAAGGAAGAACAGGUCUGGGAUUUGUUGGCUCUGGCUCCGGCCCUGUCAUCCUCGUUCCACGUGUCCCCGGUGGGGUGUAGCCGCCUGGGACAGAAGUGCCGAGUAAGCCGGAUGGGAGAGUGAUUUCAGCACUUGACCAGGAGAAGUGUGGCAAGAUGAGCCAGGGACCAGCCCUGCACGCUUGCAGAAUGAUGUUUCCCUGGCCCCGUUGGUGGACCGGACCUCUGAUGCCUACACAUUCUUGCUGACCCCAGGGCCAUGGUGAUGGCCAUCAGGGUGCCAGGGAGAGGCUUUCUUCUGGACACACACACUCCCCGCACCCUGGACCACGCAGACGGUGCCCAGGAGAUCAGCACACACAAGAACUUCUUGCAAAGGAGUGGCUACAUUUUUUACAAGUUGUUUUACAGAUCUCAAAACAGUCCAAAAGUGAUUUAUAAUUUUUUUUGCAUUAUAAAUAAAGAUCCUCUGUAACGAAUGGUAAA